AUGGCAGCAGUCGCAGCCAAGGCGGCCAACAGUCUGGACGCCGCUCCUGACGGAAUCCCCAACGAUGGGACCGGCGUCGUCAAGAUUGAUCCCUGGCUAGCACCUUUCCAGGACUCGAUCAAGCAACGCUACGCCAAGGCACAAGCGUGGAUCAAGAAGCUGGAUGAAACCGAAGGAGGUGUUGAGAAGUUCUCGAGGGGAACUGAGAUCUAUGGAUUCAACGUCGACAAAGACAACAACAUCAUCUACAGAGAAUGGGCGCCCAGUGCCAUUGAUGCUUCCCUCGUUGGAGAUUUCAACAACUGGAACAGGGAAUCCCAUCCAAUGAAGCAGAAUGAGUUCGGCACAUGGGAAAUCAAAAUCCCUGCUGUCAACGGCCAACCCGCCAUUGCGCACAACUCAAAACUCAAGAUCUCAAUGACUUCCCGCGCAGGCGAGCGAAUCGACAGGCUGCCGGCAUGGAUCAAGUACGUGACCCAAGAUCUCACGGUGUCCCCAGCCUACGAUGCGCGCUUCUGGAAUCCUCCUGCGGCGGAGAGGUACACCUUCAAGAACAAGCGCCCCAAGAAGCCUGAGAGUAUCCGUGUGUACGAAGCUCACGUGGGCAUUUCCUCUCCGGAACUGCGAGUUACUACAUUCAAGGAAUUCACCAAGGACAUGCUGCCGCGGAUCAAAAGUCUGGGCUACAACGUCAUCCAGCUCAUGGCCAUCAUGGAGCACGCAUACUACGCCAGCUUCGGCUACCAGAUCAACAACUUUUUCGCUGCGAGCAGUCGUUACGGUACUCCAGAAGACCUCAAGGAGCUGAUCGACACCGCUCACGGCCUGGGCUUGGUUGUGCUACUCGAUGUGGUACACAGCCACGCCUCCAAGAACACGCUAGAUGGCCUCAACAUGUUUGAUGGCUCAGACCACUGCUACUUCCAUGAAGGCGCCAAGGGCAGACAUGAGCUGUGGGAUAGCAGGCUGUUCAACUACGGCAGCCACGAGGUCAUGCGUUUCCUGCUCAGCAAUCUGAGAUUUUGGAUGGAUGAGUACCAGUUCGACGGCUUCCGAUUCGACGGCGUCACAAGCAUGCUGUACACACACCACGGCAUUGGAACGGGCUUCUCUGGUGGCUACCACGAGUACUUUGGUCCGGCUGUCGAUGACGAAGCGGUUGUCUACCUAAUGAUCGCCAACGAGAUGAUCCACGAGCUCUACCCAGAGUCCAUCACCAUCGCCGAGGACGUCUCUGGCAUGCCCGCGCUCUGCCUCCCCCUUUCCCUGGGUGGUGUCGGCUUCGAUUAUCGCCUGGCCAUGGCGGUUCCCGAUAUGUGGAUCAAGAUCCUCAAGGAGAAGAAGGAUGAUGAGUGGGACAUGGCCGGCAUCUGCUGGACCCUCACAAACCGACGCCACGGCGAGAAGACCAUUGCCUACGCGGAAAGUCACGACCAAGCUCUGGUCGGAGACAAGACGCUGUUCAUGCACCUAGUUGACGCGGAGUUGUACACCAACAUGUCGGUGCUGAGCCCGUUGACACCAGUCAUCUCCCGCGGCAUCGCGCUCCACAAGAUGAUACGUCUUCUGACGCACGGCCUGGGUGGUGAAGGCUGGCUCAACUUUGAGGGCAACGAGUUCGGCCACCCGGAGUGGCUUGACUUCCCCCGUGAGGGCAACCAGAACAGCUUCUGGUAUGCUCGCCGCCAACUUAACCUUACCGAGGACGAGCUGCUGCGCUACAAGGAUCUGAACGAGUUCGACCGCCAGAUGAACUUGACCGAGGAGAAGUAUGGCUGGCUGCACGCGCCACAAGCUUACAUUAGCCUCAAGAACGAAACGGACAAGGUCAUUGUUUUUGAGAGGGCCGGUCUUGUCUUCAUCUUCAACUUCCACCCCACCGAGAGCUUCUCGGACUACCGCAUCGGCAUCGAGCAGUCGGGCACAUACAAGAUUGUCCUCAACAGUGACGCGAAGGAGGUGGGCGGCUUCGGCAACAUCGACUCGGCCACCCGCUUCUUCACAACUCCAAUGGAGUGGAAUGGCAGGAAGAACUGGACGCACAUUUACAUUCCCAGCCGCACUGCCAUGGUGCUCGCCCUGGAGUCGCCCAUCUCGCAGCAUUCGUAG